UAUAAAAUACUUGAUUAAUUUUACUAAUUAUUUUAAUUCGAUUAUUAUUUUCUGACGAUAUUCUUUACUGCUUAUGAAAAUUNAACUGUGAACAUAUUUAAUGACACUGCAAAUGAUGUUAAGGUUUUUACUUUUCGCUGUCCAAAUAUUUCACAGUUGUGGAAAAGUAAUUGUGUUACGUGGAGAAUCACUUCAUAUUAAUUCAUCUACAUGUAGAAAUGAGAGAAAAUAUAUAUGUCUCUCAGAAGACGACGGCGGCGCACUUGUAUGGAAUGAUGACUUAAGUCAUAGUCAAUAUCAGCAAAAAAAUCGUGCUGACUUGCAGUUUCACAGUACACAUCUAUACAAUACCUGGAUAAAUUGCAAUUUUAACGCAAACCCAGANUGUUUAGAAUCACAAUCUCGAAUAAGCGGAAAACUAACAUUAGAACAGUUGUACGAUGUAUGGAUAAAUUGCACAAUGAACGCAACAAUAAGCUGUUUAGAUUCAUGGAUGCGAAAAAACUGGAGUCUUACAGAUGCUNUGAGAACACCUAUGGGUCCCGUACUUGAUCAAAGAUGGGAAGAAUUUCGAGAUUCACACCUUCAAAAAAUAUAUCUUGCCAUGUAUACAUCAAAAUCAAUUCCAAAAGCAGGAGCGAUAUCUGUUUCACUUCGUUCAUGGAAGCAUGUGAACAUUUCUGUCUGUGUUUAUAGUUAUAAAACUAAUUUUUUUAAUCAAAAUCUUUGCUUUAAUAUAAACUUAAGAUCUGAUAGUAUGGCGUCCAAUAUUAAAUAUACAAACAAUAUUAAAGAUUCAAACAAAAAUCGAGAUCAACAGCGCUCUUUUAACAACAUCAUUUCCAAACAAUUACUAUCACUAUCUGGGACUGAAUGGCGAACGUUCGUCAUUUCAUGGAAUUUUUGGAAUAGAAAUGUUUCCGUUUAUGAUACUAACGAUAAUAACAACUUGCUUACGUUUGAAGAUACAGAAAAGUUCUCAAACAACUCAAUUCUGAACGAUUAUUACUCGAGAAUUGCUGUCUACAUGGAUAAUUCCUCAAACUCGAUGUGUCGAUUUCAUAAAUACACUUUCCUGUACACAGUUGGCAAGAAUGCUGUUUUAACAACUCGUUAUUAUAAACCUAAUACUCAGAAGAUAUGCAUACAAAUAUUACUAGGCUUAUGUGCAGAAUGUGAUGCAAACAUCGUGAUGAUUGAUUUCACAACCCAUAAAGUGUUACAAUCUGUAACAGCUAAAGGCUCAAUAAAUGCUGCAAUUCAUGGCUUACCUAUGUGGCAANUCGUUAAACUUGAUGGAAAUUUUUCUACAGACACUUAUAAUAAUGGGAUAAAAAUCCGUAUAAUUCCCAAACUUACAAAGCCCACUCACAAUCCGUUAUGGGCAAUAGCUUAUAUUCGUCAAUGUUCCCAUAAANAGAUUUUGAGAAAAGGAAUCAUUUCGCAAAUACCUACCAAUGCUCUUCCGUUGUCGAAUAUAACUUGUCAAAAAUUAUACUUCAACGAAAAUACCAUCGUAAGUUCCUUGGCAAAAACUACAACUAGCAUAGCUUUAGAUGACAAAAUUUGUCCUGAGGGAAAAAUUGGACCAGACUGUUCUUUUUCCUGCAANCAUGAUUUGAACAGUCCUUCUAACUGUAGAGGAACUGCAAUCUGUUACAAAUCUGGUUGCGUAUGUUCUCCAGGAUUUCAAGGCGAUACGUGCUCUGAGUUAUGUGACGACAAUUGGUAUGGAUAUAAUUGUGCAAACAAGUGCGGUUUAUGCAAAUCUUUUGGAUGUAACAAAGUAACUGGAGAAUGUAUCAACGGAUGUGUUAAUAACUUGAAAAUAUUUUACCUGCCACCAUUGUGUCAUAUAGGGAGAAAAUGAUUACAUCUUUACGCAGUCAUGGAAUAGACUGUUUCAAAAUAUGACAUAUUUGAUCGGAUACGUCAACAAUUUAAAUCCUGGUUCUGUUUAUUCAGUCAACUGUAUAUUACUUGCAGAGAAUGAAAUAAUUGAAAACAAAUGGCAAAGUGUGGAAACUG